AUGGCCUACAACUUGCUGCUCACCUUGCCGGUCGUCGUCCUAGGUUCCCUGCUCAGUCUGAUCAUCUACCGCUUAUAUUUGCAUCCGCUCGCGAAAUUCCCUGGGCCCAAACUCGCAGCGUUGACCAAGUGGUACGAAGCAUACUAUGAGAUUAUCUUGAACGGCAAAUAUUCCUUCCAUAUCGAGGACUUGCACCGAAAGUAUGGCCCAAUAAUUCGCAUUACGCCAGAUGAGAUCCAUAUCCAGGAUCCGCCAUUUUGGGAGACGCUCUACGUCAAGCACAACAAGAGCAGCAAGUAUGAGUGGACGGCAGGCAGAUUCGGCAACUCAGGCUCGGUCUUCACGACAUCCGAUCCCACUCUACACAAGAUCAGAAGGAUUCCUCUAAACUACAUGUUCUCCCGCAAAGCAAUCCUCGGCUUUGAAUCCGCCGUUCAAAACAAAAUGGACAUCAUGACCAACGGCCUCAAACGCUUCCACGAAACUGGCGCCGUCUGCAAGAUCUCUGAGGCCUAUUCUGCGUUCGCCGGCGACGUUGUAACACAAUAUUCCUUCGGCUUCGACUACGACCACCUCAGCCUCGAAGGCUUCACCGAUUCUUUCCACGACGCCUUCAUGGCCGUCAGCGCCUUCGGCCACGUAGCUCUCCAAUUCCCCUGGAUGCACGGCCUGUUAAACAGCCUUCCGGACUCCUGGAACAAAGCCAUGAACCCUCCCCUCGCCAAACUGCUCGACCUCCAAAAAGACCUCCGCGCCAAAAUCGCCGGCGUCGGAAAAGGCCUCCAAGCCGACGAGAAACCCCCAGAGCAUCCCACCAUCUUCCAUUCCCUCCUCCAAUCCGACCUCCCCCCAGCCGAGAAAUCCAACCUCCGCCUCGCAGAAGAAGCCCAACUAAUCCUCGGCGCCGGCAUCGAAACCACCGCCUGGGCCCUCUGCCAAGCGACAUACUACAUCCUCUCCGACUCCACCAUUCACCAGAAACUCAAGACCGAACUCAAACAAGCCAUUCCGGAUAUCUCCAAGCCCGACGCCUUCGCCUACGCGAAUCUCGAGAACCUGCCGUAUCUGCGAGGCUGCAUCAAGGAAGGCAUCCGCCUUGGCCUCAGCGUCUCCGCACGAAACCCUCGCGUUCUCACCGAACCUCUGGUCUGGCGCGAAUGGGUCGUACCCGCAGGAACGCCCAUCUCGAUGACCAUCGCUGACGUGCACCUCAAUGACGACUACUUCCCCUCCGCGUCAGCCUUCAAACCCGAGCGCUGGGUGGGUGAAUCGCCCAAAGCUCCCGAUGGAUCACCCUUAGAAAGAUACUUCGUCGCGUUCGGGAAAGGACCGAGGUCGUGUCUGGGGAUUAAUCUGGCGUGGAUGGAGUUCUUCAUGAUGGUGGGGAGGUUGUUCAGACAGUUUAAGUUGGAGCUUUAUGGGACUGACGAGAGCGAUGUCAAAUUGGCGCAUGACUUCUUUUUGCCGAGUCCGAGGUUGGAUUCCAAGGGGAUUAGGGUGAGGGUUUUGGGGGUUGAGAGGUGA